UUCAUACCUAUGAUGGUGGUCGACAUUUCCCCGAGGGAGCCUUAACCUGCCAUGCCUCCUCGCACUUGAGACAGAAGGGUUAACGAUGACGUAGGAUAAAUAAAGCCAGAUGAGGGGAGCACGCGGCUCUUUAACGCCCUCUCAUUGGCCAACUCGUAGGUGACGCAGCAGGUUGAGAGGUUAGCGCGAGUCCUCCAUUUUUUAUUUGCCCGUCCCCUCGCGUCACAUCCCUACAGGCUUAGAGGCCGGUUGGUGAUCGAAUAAAGUGGAUUUUAACGUGUGACACGUUCCAAAGAUCCAGCCAUGCAGCAGUGCGACAACUUCUGGCAAAAGAUCGGCGAAGGUUUUGUGCAGGUGUACUACAACCAGUUUGAUAACACCAACAGGAUGGACCUGGUUAACCUAUACGCUGAAGGUGCCACUAUGACGUGGGAAGGAAGCUUCUACCAUGGGAGAGAAGCCAUCGGUAGCAAGCUUACUAGCUUGCCCUUCCAGCAAAUUAAGCACAUUAUCACAGACCAGGAUGUGCAGCCUACAGUGGACAAUAGCAUACUCAUCAUGGUGUUUGGACAGCUAAAGACUGACAACGAUCCACCAAUGGCCUUUCAUCAAGUGUUCAUGCUGAAGGUCAACAACUGUAACUGGGUCUGCACGAAUGAUGUCUUCCGAUUGGGUAUACACAACAUACCGGUGUAGCAAUCGACGGUGGUGUUGAUAUGGACAAGUUUUCAAAGAUCCUCAGUAUUUGCUGAUCCUGCUAUUAAUAUGACAUGUCAGUGUGCCAGGCUAGUAAAAGAGUUUUUUUUCCAGAA